AUGAAUGGUCAUCGACUGGAGCGACAUCGGCCGUCCUUCCUAGUCGUCGGGUUAACACUGUCUGACCAACACAAUGUCUUUGAUGCCGGCAUACAGUUUCACAAUGUCAAUAUUCACAUACAACUCAAAUAUCAGCGUGAGCCCCUUCAAUUUUCAAAACAGACAUUUGCUGGCAGAUUCAAACAUUCACUCUUAGGGUUCUUUUCGAUACCACGGCCGUCCUUCGAGAGCUCAAAGCUUCAAGCAAUUCUGAUGUGCAUUUUCAAUUACAACAUCUACAGCUGCGGCCAUACAGAGUAUCACUACGGUCGAGCAACGACGACAUCCUGCACACAAGAGCGCGUCUGUGAGCUACCAACAUUUGAAAAUAUGGGCGAGGAUCAAUAUCACCUCCUGUACGAAGCGCAAGUGCGGACGGCCAUCUGCGCCAUGUGUGACGCCGGGGACGCGGACUUGCGAACGGACCCUUAUCUAAAGAACCUACAAGGCAUCGCCUUUCUCCUAGAACAGGCCCUAGAAGAGCUUCAAGACUCACAGAGUGCAACCGCAAGCCGGGCGAGAGAAGUGGUCUGCUUGUUGUCACGUAUGUCCAACGCUUACUGGGCAAGCGGCGAAUCCAGGCCUGAUCGAGAGGAGAUGCGUAUGUACGUUGCCUAUGCGACCAAUUGUGUCGAGAAGGCGAGGGCGGCACAUAAACCGGAAAAGGUCGGCGUACCACAUGUCCUCCGUCCUCCUGCUUCCGCCAACGAAAACGCGAGGUGCUUCGAGCCUUUUACAAGAGCCUUCAGUGAAGAUUCGAUUGAACGGCAACUGUGCCACCUUGUUCCGCAGAUGUCGGUUGUGGAAGCUGCGCGCGAGCCGCUGCUAAUGCAUCGGGCAGUCUAUGCACCCGUACAGGCCGUUCGAUUGCCUUCGGUAUCGGCCCAGGAAGAUUUCAUGAGACACAUGGUUCUUUCCCGCGAUUGCGAGCCGGCCUUGUCAGAAGACGGCGAGUCUUCCAUCAUUACUGAUCCGUUUAUGGAGGACCUCUCUUGCCCGGCUUCCCCCACUCUCUCGACGUGGUCGAAACCCUUUGCCUCGGAGGACUCAGCUCCCAAGACGUAUUUCUUCGGACGAGACAAUUGGGAUUGCGAUUUCUGCGGACCGGAGUGCUUUUGCGCCGACUUAUACGACUAA